AUGGAGUUAUUCAACUCAGCUCUUGGAAAAAACAUCACCUUUGUCCAUCCAGCUUAUUUCAUAGUAAGCGGUUUGUCUGGUAUUCCGAACAUCAAAUAUUACUAUGUCUUUCUCCUUUUUGUUUAUUUUUUUUCAGUGCUGGGAAACACAAUCGUGAUGGCUUUAAUAUGCCUGGAUCGUAAUCUGAGAACUCCAAAAUAUAUUGCAGUUUUUAACUUAGCAUUUACUGACCUGUUUGCUAGCUCUGCUUUGGUGCCCAAAGUUCUUGACAUCUUUCUGUUUAACCAUCCCUACAUCCCCUACAGCGACUGCUUGACGUUCCUGUUUUUCUGCUACACCUGCCUUUCAAUGCAGUCAUUUAAUCUGGUUGCACUUGCCUAUGACAGACUGGUUGCCAUUGUCUUCCCACUGCACUAUCAAGUGAAAGUGACCCACAGGUCCAUGUCGUCUCUGAUCGGCUCUUUCUGGCUCUUUGAUAUAAUUGCUAACUUCAUUGCUGUUGGACUCAUUACAAGACUUUCCAUCUGUGAAUCUGUGGUUAUUAACAGUUAUUUCUGUGACCAUGGUCAGAUAUACCGGCUUUCCUGCAAUGACCAUUUUCCCAAUUAUGUCCUUAGUUGUUUGUAUCCAGUUCUUAUUUAUUGGCUUCCAAUUGUUUUUAUCUUAUUAAGUUACUUCUGUAUCAUUGUUACUUUAGCUAAAGUGGCUACAGUUCAUCAAGGACUUAAGGCCUUUAAAACCUGCAUAGGUCAUCUUUUAUUGGUGGCAAUCUAUUUCAUCCCAGUGUUAAUCACAUUCACCUCGAUGGAAAAAAUUGAUCCAAAUACCAGGAUCAUAAACUUGUCUAUGACCUCUGUCUUCCCUCCCAUGUUGAACCCAAUCAUUUAUGUUCUGCAGACGCAAGAAAUCAAAGAAUCUGUGAAAAGGUUAUUAAAAAUCAGAUGGAAAUCCAAAAUAACAAUGAAAGCAUGA